GACGGCGCUCUGGAUCUGGCGGUGGAGGGCGGCAUUGACUCGCCGAUCGGGAAGGUUGUGGUCUCGGCAAUAUACGAUGGCGGCGCGGCCGACAAACACGGUCAGGGAGACGAGAUCUUGUCGGUAAACGGGAAGAUUGUGACGGGCGCGAGGUUGUCGGAGGCGCAGGCCACGCUGGCCACGGCCUGGAACUCGGGAGGGGAUUGGAUAGAUCUGAUCAUCGCCGUGUCCCCGCCCAAAGAAUACGACGACGAGGUAUGGCCGGCAGAGCCGGAGGAGAUGUUUGGGAACAGCGACUCGGUGUACAGGCCGGGAUUCUUCCCGCAGAGGCCGUGACCCCACCUGGUGGGAGGUGACAA